AUGCCGACGAUGAAAGAUGAAGCACCUGAUUCCCGAAUUCAAUGGGAAUCGUUGGAGGAGAGCCACAAUUGGAUUGACUCGAUCACUUUACCUGAGAUUCGAAAUAUCGAUGAGACUUGGCGAGAUUUAGUGCAGGCAAUUCAACGAAAAGCUCGCAAAAAUUUAGGGAAUAGAGAGGAAAAGUUGAACAACGAUAAGUUCAAAAAUGUUCCAACUCUCAAUGAAUGGAAAAGUCACUUUGAAAAGUUGUUUUCUGCAAAAACUCCAACUUUGCAACUGCCAGAACUAGCACCAGUUGAGAAUUUGGAGUUGAAAAUUGAAGAAGAAGACGUUGAGUUUUCACUGAAACAAAUGAAAACUGGAAAAGAGGCAGGUGUUGACGAUAUUCCCAUCGAUUUCUGGAAGCUCUUCCCCAGGGCAAUCAAAUUUCUAACCGAUUUCUUCAUUGCAAUACUUGAGAGCCGAAAAAUUCCGACUCAGUGGAAAUGGGCAUUUAUAAUGCCAAGAUACAAAGGAAUCGGUGAAACAAAUGAUUGCGCUAUGUAUCGACCGAUUCAACACUUAUCGCACACUAGAAAACUUUUUGAGAAGAUUUUCGAGAGGAAGUUGAGAGCACUCGGCAUCGGGACAACGGAAAAUCAGUGUGGACAUAAAAAAAAUCGUGGUGUAAAGGUGGCACAUCGAGGCUUGCGCUCUCUACUCGCCUCCUCUUCUCCAAUCCACAUGGCCUUUUUUGGACAUCAAAAACGCGAACGACAGUGUCACACCAAAAUGCGCUUGGUGGGCACUGAGAAAACAUUCAGUGCC